CCAAGUUGCCCGGCGGACGCAAAGCAUACAGAGCACUUGCCGUUUCCGGCGCGCGCCUCUGAACGAACCCGAAAGCCCCCUCAUCACCAUUCCUCUUCCAGCCAUGGCGAUCCCCUUUACUACUCCUCUCCCACCACCACCGCCCCUCCCAACCACACCACACCGGCACCACUACCAACCGGGCGGCUCCAGGCUCCAGUUCAGGAAGGGGAGAAGAGCCGAGCUUUUCUUGGGAGGUUGCCGGAGGAGGAGCUGAGGAAGGAUGGGGCGCGGCAAGAUCGAAAUCAAGCGGAUCGAGAACUCUACCAACCGCCAGGUGACCUUCUCCAAGCGCCGCAACGGGAUCCUCAAGAAGGCGCGGGAGAUCAGCGUGCUCUGCGACGCCGAGGUCGGCGUCGUCAUCUUCUCCAGCGCCGGCAAGCUCUACGACUUCUGCUCCCCCAAGACAUCGCUAUCAAAAAUCUUGGAGAAGUACCAGACCAACUCUGGAAAGAUACUGUGGGAUGAGAAACACAAGAGCCUUAGUGCUGAGAUUGAUCGCAUAAAGAAAGAGAACGAUACCAUGCAGAUUGAGCUCAGGCAUCUGAAAGGUGAAGAUCUAAACUCGCUGCAACCCAAAGAACUGAUCAUGAUUGAGGAGGCACUUGAUAAUGGGCUGACAAACCUAAAUGAGAAACUUAUGGAGCACUGGGAAUUGCAUAUGAGACACAAUAAGAUGCUGGAAGAUGAGAACAAGCUGCUGUCCUUUAAGCUGCACCAGCAAGAUAUUGCGCUAAGCGGCAGCAUGAGAGAUCUCGAGCUGGGGUACCAUCCUGACCGGGACUUUGCGGCCCAGAUGCCAAUAACCUUCCGCGUGCAGCCCAGCCACCCCAACUUGCAGGAGAACAAUUAGGCUGCUGAAUUCCCCACUCCACUUGCCGUUUCAUUUGAAGAUUUCACCCACCACCAUGGCUUGUAUGUUCUAAACUUCUAGUGCAUUGCCAACUGUAUCUCUUCUUUCCAUUAUGUUUGGAGGAGCAUAUAAUGUGUCAGUUGCAUGAUGUGCUGAUGUCAUCGAUCUAGCACACGGUUAACUUGGUAUUGUAUGGUUGUGUAAUCAGUUAAUUACUCUAUUUGUCGGACAGUGAACAGUUCCGUUUGCAAUCAAAACACUGUGAUGAUAAA